AUGUUCGACUCAUUUGUCAGCCAAACUAACCUCUUAGAAAGAACUAUUCGUCGCUCUAGAUCUCGUUUGUCCAAUCUCAAGUCUAUCUUAAAACUCCCCGUCGACGACCAUGCGAAGGAAACUAGUGACAUCGAGUCAACACUUGAGAAAACUGAUGUGAAUCACCUCAUGGAGAUUUUCGUUGGUACACCACCCGUCAAGCAAUUGGUGGCCAUUGACACCGCAAGCGAUAACAUAUGGACUCAAUGUCUCCCAUGUAUAAAUUGUUACGAGCAGAAUCAACCCAAGUUUAAUUCGAGGAAUUCAUUGACCUAUAAUGUAUUGCGAUGUGAUUCACCUCAAUGCAAAGCCUUGGGAAGAAGUAUUCGUUGUUUUGAGGAUACUCACAAAUGUGAAUACGAGGUAACCUAUUUUGACGAUUCCACCACUUCUGGGGAUUUAGCAUUAGAGACUUUUAUCAUUGGAAACACUUUACUCCCGAAUAUGGUUUACGGGUGCUCGAAUGCCAACAAAGGUCAAUUUGAUAUCAACAACGCAGGAGUCAUUGGUCUUGGACAUGGACCUCUCUCGCUCGUUAGUCAGCUUGAUCAUUUAAUUGGCGGUAAGUUCUCGUAUUGCCUAAUGAAUUGGAUAGAUCGAAAUACAAAAAGUAAAAUCAGCUUUGGAGCUAACGCGAAUGUGUAUGGGCAUGGAACGGUAUCCACCAAGUUGUUCGCAAAGUCUAUCAAUUUAUAUUUCGUCGCAUUGGAAGCAGUCACCGUGGAAAAUACGAGAAUUUUGUUCAAGAGUGUAACUAAAUCCAUUGAAGGUAAAAAGGACGUUGUUAAUGAGGGAAAUAUGAUGAUAGACGUGGGCUCGAUUCUAAGUUAUUUACCAAUAGUUGUGUACCAAGAAUUGGAGAAUGCAUUCAAAAGCGUGAUUCAAGCCAUACCACUUCAAAAUCCACUGGGAGAUUUUAAACUUUGUUAUAAGAACAGCAGCAUAAUAAUCACUCAAAUUCCGAGGAUUAUCUUCCAUCUCGCUGGAGGCGCUAACUUGGCUUUGACCUCGGAAAAUACAGUGGUUCAAUAUGAGGACAUUAUAUGUCUUGGGAUACUCCCAGAUAAUGAUGUAGCCGUUUUGGGGCAAUUCUUACAAAUGAACUACUUAAUUGGAUAUGAUCUUAAAAAAGGAAGAAUUUUUUUCAAGUCAACUGAUUGUUCAACUCAACAAAUUAUUUAG